CACCACCAAGAACCCUAAUGUAGGGUUUUCUUCUAUCUCGUGCCAUUUGGGAUUCAAUGGCCAGGGUAUCAGCGUCCAAGGCGCGAGCUUUCACGCGCAACGAUUCCGCGGCAGCAGCCUCGUUCUCGCGGCUCUGGUCCAAGGCUGCAUUGCUCACGAUGACUGUGCUCGUGUCCUGGGCGGUAGUGGCCAUCCGAGCGCCUCCGCCGAAGAUUUGUGGAGCUCCAGGCGGCCCGCCAGUGACAGCGCCUCGGAUCAAGCUGCGCGAUGGCCGCUACCUCGCCUACAAGGAAGCUGGAGUUCCAAAAGACCAAGCCAAGCACAAGAUCGUCAUCCUCCACGGCUACACGCGCUGCCGCCUCGCUCUCAUCAGCGCAUCGCCGGAUACGAUUGAAAGGCUGGGAGUGUACAUGGUGAGCUACGACAGGGCCGGCUAUGGACAGAGCGAUCCACAUCCUGCCAGGAGCGUCGAGUCGGAGGCUCGCGAUGUGGAAGAACUGGCCGAUUCUCUCGGCCUGGGAUCCAAGUUCUACGUUCUGUCCGUCUCUCUUGGAGCUCACGGCGCGUGGGGAUGCAUUAAAUACAUUCCACAAAGGCUCGCCGGUGUGGCUCUAGUCGUGCCGGUGGUAAACUACUUCUGGCCGAGCGUGUCCACGCCCGAGGGCCGAGCGGUGUUUAACAAGCAGCCGCUGGGCGACCGCCUCUUCCUCAGUGUCUCGCACUACGCGCCCUGGCUCGUCUACUGGUGGCUCACACAGAAAAUCCUUCCAACGUCCAGCACCGUCAACAUGAACCAGGCCGAUAUGUGUCCCUCUGAUCGAGCAGCUCAAGAAGAAACCAGAGAAUCCGAUGCCCAAGAGAGGAAAGAAGCGCUGCAGCAGGGACUGAGUGAAUCGCUGUGCCGGGACUCGAGCGUAAUGUUUGGGAAGUGGCCGUUUGAUCCGGCCGAGCUGGAGAACCCGUUCGAGGGCGAGAACUUGACGAAGAAGAUCAUCCACGUCUGGCAAGGCGAGAAGGAUUUCUUGGUGCCAGUGGAGCUCCAAAGAAUGGUGGUGAAGAAGCUAGAAUCGUGGGUGGAGUACCACGAAAUCCCUGAGAGAGGUCAUAUCCUCCGAGAAUUCACAGACCAAAUCUUAGAGACGCUCGUCUCGUAGGACGAAGAAGCUAAAGCUACUGUUAAUCCAGCUUAGAUACUUUUAAUCAAGAUUAUCACUAAGUUAA